AUGUGGAUGUGCUCACACAAAAUCGGUAUACGUCCGUGGGUAGUGCAACAACUACUUACCACCGACGACGACCAGUUUGUAUUCAGUCAUUAUUUAAUUAUAUUCGUCUCCUUCGGUUUCACCGUCGUCGUCUGGUCGGUCAACAGCAGAGCAAGACAAAGCACAAAGGGCGCUCUUGUGCGGCGUUGUGGUCGGUGGUCACUGGUCCCGUGCGGUGCUACACCGGUCGGCGACGGCGUUCGGCUUGACGACGGCGUCAACUUAUACCGCAGAGGCGACGACAAUAACCACGGGUAA